AUCUCUAUCCAUUCUCUGCCAUGGGUGCUCCUCUUCUCCUUCUCCUCAACACCUCCUCAAGGCAGUCACUCAUCAAGCCUUUAUCUGCAUAUCUCCACAUACCCAUCAAGAGAUACAGCCGAUCAAGCAGUAGUGAGCAUGGAUUAGGGGAGAAAGCACCUUCAACAGCUGAAGAGUUCCAAAGAGUGGCUGCAGAAAAGAGGGAGCUUCAGAGAUUGGUGGAGGAAAAGGCCCGCAAAGGGGUUGUCAGCCAGACAUCGGACAAGGCACUGGAGGCUGCACAAGUGGCGGUUUUGGAGGACUCUAACCUUGAAACUGUGAAGGAGAAUGACCCUUCAGGUGGACAGGACCCCAAAAGGAAGGGUGAUUAGAAGGCCUUAAUGCCAAUGUACUCUUAAUAUAUGCCUUGGUUUUUUCAAGAGCUUGUGCCUAAAACCCAGAGUGUUGUGAUGAUAAAUAAGAACAGAGUUUUAUAUGUACAUUUGGGGACUAACAAAUUCUCCAGAACAGCUGAAAUGGUGAAGACUUUUCAUUA